AGCAAACUUCUGUCUCGUGAUUCUCGACCUUGUUUGUUUGUUUUGACCAAACAACGAAAUUCCUUCCUCACCCUCGAAUUCUCUGAAAUAAUUCCAAGUCUAGCGAUUUACUUGAGAAAUGAGAAGAAUUACAGAUAAGCUUAUCUUUGCGGUUUUUUCGUCUAGUGAGCGGAGCUCGGCGUUCUUUCUGUAGCACUAGCAGUAUUGUUCUAUUAAGAUAAUUUUUGAAAAGACAAUUGCUGAUAUUUCAAUUCAUUUGAAUAGUAAACCUUUACACAAAGACACGAGUCCGAAUAAGUGCAAUCUGUGCAAUGAUGUGUAGGCCUAGAUGACCGCACACAAAAUCAAUUGCCAUCCUCAUUUCUUUGCGGUACUGUUUACUAAACUUUAAAAGCUAAAAAUUCCCAUUACAUAAAAAGCUGAAUUCCGAUCUACAAAAUUUCUAAAUUUAGUUUUGUUAUGAAACGUUCUAAAAGCGUAAAAGAAUAUAACUAAAGAUGCCGUUUAGUCUCACCUGCGGUAGCCCGGCUACCCUUCCUCUAAAUUUGUGUCAAAAGCAAAAUAAGCAAAAGUUGGUGUACAUGUUGCUUGGUGCAUGGGUAAAUUAAAUCGUUUUCAGCAGGAAUUUUACUAUAACUAUUAAAAUUAAAAAUGGGCACCAUGGAUACCGUAAUGGCGCCUAUUGCCAAUAUCAAAUUUGAUAUUGAAGUUGCCUUGGAGCAACAGCUGGGAGCCCAAAAUCUCCCAUUUCCCGGAAUGGACAAAUCAACGGCAAUGGUGUGCACUCUAUUCACUAAAGGUCAAUGCCAGAGAGCAAGUUUUUGCCCAUACAGACACCUCAGAGCAGACCGGACAAUUGUAUGUAAACAUUGGCUCAGAGGACUAUGCAAGAAAGGAGAUCAGUGUGAAUUUCUCCAUGAAUUUGAUAUGGCUAAGAUGCCAGAGUGUUAUUUCUACGCCAGAUUCAGUGCUUGUCACAACAAAGAAUGCCCUUUCUUACACAUUGACCCUGAAACAAAGAUCAAAGAUUGCCCUUGGUAUGAUCGUGGUUUCUGCCGUCACGGACCGACUUGCCGACACCGUCAUGUUCGACGUGUGCUCUGCAUGAACUACACAGCAGGCUUCUGUCCCGACGGCCCCGAAUGCAAAUUCGUCCAUCCGAGAUUUGAAUUACCUCCACUUCCAGAUGAUAUCAAGGGUGACAAGAGAAAGAUGCCUCUAGUCUGCCAUUUCUGUGGAGAAGUGGGACAUAAAGCUGCUCAAUGUCCGAAAAUUCCAUCAGAAUCUAAGGACAUUUACCGCACGCCCGCCGAUGCCUCUACUCAUGCAAAUAACGCUUCCCAAGCCCAGAGAGAUCGAACGAAUUUGAGACCUUUAGAUGAAGUCACCUGUUAUAGAUGUGGACUGCGCGGCCACUAUGCAAAUCGGUGUAACAAAGGACAUCUGGCUUUCUUGAGUAACCAGCCAACAGAAGAAAGAAGUUAACGAAAAUUACAUUCAUUUCCAACACUGUCUCUGUCCAUUCAAUAAAUACAAUUUUGAAAUCUCUCUAAAAAAAAA